AUGGACACAAAAGACGAAGUUAAGAGUGUUGAGCUCGCUCUCUAUCCACCUGGGACCCAAGUGUGGUUCACCAACGUCGGCCCACGCCAAAGUAUACCCGAACUGCGAGAGCAGCUAAACGACCAAGCAAAGCCAACUCAAACCAGCGAUUCUCCCAAUGAUCCACUCAACUGGCCAGCAUGGCGUCGAGAUAUCCUCCUCUUCACCGCGGGCUUCAACAGCUUCCUCUGCGCAGCUCUGUGCCCGAUUCUCGCAACCGGCUUUCCAGCCAUAUCCGAGACUUUCGGAGUAAGCAACCAGCAGGUCUCUUUCAACAUUGGUAUUUACAUGCUCGGUCUCGGGGUAGGCGCUGCAGUCUGGUCUCCUACUGCAGCUUUAUUCGGACGACGGCCUGUAUAUGUUGCCGGUUCUGUCCUGCUCAUUGCGUCUUCUGCCUGGGCUGCUGCUAGUCCGUCGUAUGCUAGUCUCAUGAUAGCCAGACUUGUCCAGGGUAUUGCGUCCAGUCCGGGUGAGUUUCUGGUAUCCGUGACGAUAUCGGAGAUAUACCAGCCGCAUGAACGGGGAUUCAGACUUGGCAUCUAUAUGCUGCUCCUGGCAGCUGGGAAGAGCCUGGCGCCGUUGAUCGGGGCUGGCGUUAUUAAGGGAUUAGGUUGGCGCUGGGCUUUAUGGCUUACAACGAUUCUGUCCGGGAUUUCAUUCAGCUUUAUAUUUCUCUUCGCCAGGGAAACAUACUGGGCUCGCGGUGCUCGCAGUGAAAUUUCAACUGCAAGCUACCGCACCCUUGGAGAAAUCUACACCGACAACCUGAGCAUCUCACCACCGCUUCCAUUCAAACACACCAUGGCCCUCUGGAAUGGGCGUUUUCAAGAGGCAAGCUGGCUCUCCCUCGCACUCAAGCCGUUUCGCCUUCUCAACUCUGUCCCACUGCUGUGGUCCGCCGCCGUAUAUGCCCUUUCACUCGGAUGGCUAGCUGUUCUCGCCGACACAAUAUCUCACCUAUUCCAAUCGGUCGACGGAUAUGGAUUUACACCGAUGCAGACAGGUUUGCUGUACAUCUCACCUCUGCUCGGGACAAUCCUAGGUAGCGUCGUUGGCGGCAAAGUGUCAGAUAUCCUCGCGUGCAUGAAAGCAUACCGAAACAACGGCAUCUACGAGGCUGAGUCGCGGCUCGUCAUGUUAAUCCCAGCGACGAUCGCGACCGUCAUUGCUUUUGGAGGAUACGGCUGGAGUAUUGAAACUCAUGCUCAUUGGAUUGUCCCGACGGUGUGCUUUGGGUUCAUAUACUUCGGGUGCAUCCUGGGAAGUACCAUCGCUGUUACGUACUGUCUAGACUGCCACAAGUCUUCUGCAAUUGAGGCGCAGGUUAUCUUGAGCUUACUGAAGAAUUCCCACGGUCUGGCGUUCUCGCUGUUCGUCGUCGACUGGGUUAAAGCGUCUGGGCCGCGAGAUACAUUUCUGGAGAUUGCGGGCAUCCAUUUGGCGUUUCUACUUGCGACUGUUCCUCUUUAUAUCUAUGGAAAGCGAGUCCGGGUGUGGAUGCAAGGGAAGUGCUAG